UAGUGGCCGGCACAUUUGCCUCUGAUUAUUUUCGUCAUUCUUCUACAAAAAGAAUGUUACACUGAAAUUUUCUUCCAAUAUUCUAUCACCCCUAUAAAAGUUUGUUCUAUUCUAACUUUUCUUAAUUUUUAUAGGAAGUCUUUGUAUAUUUCUUAAGUUUCUUGUAGAAAUUAAAAACAUGUCAUCAAACCAAUGUUUUGAAAAUCGGAAUUGCGAAGAUCAUGAUUGUAAUGAAGAGGAAAGAGAAUCGGAAGAAGCGUUAUCGCUGUCUGAUCUUCCAAUCUGUUGUAGUACUGGGAAUCAAGAUGAUUCUGGUGGAGUAAAAGAUGAGGAGAACAAGAAUGAAGAGGAUGAUUUGGAAUUUGAUUUCGAUUUCGGUACCGGUUCUGUAGUCGGGUCAAGUACAGCACUAGAAGGCGAAAUGUGUGCAGCUGAUGAGGUGUUCUCGGGUGGCCUGAUGCUGCCUUACCGCAACUCGAUCAGUUCGAUGUCCGGGUUGCGGAGCGUGUCGAGGUCCGAGUCUAUGGACCGUAGAACAUUUGGGUCAAGGUGCAGUAGUAGUAGAAGUAGUAGUAUUAGAAGUCAUUACUCUGCUACUAGUAGUAGUGGUAGUAGUAGUUGUUCUAAUAACACGGCAAUCAGUGCCAAAACUGUUCCUUUGGUAUCAAAAUCGUCUAAUAAGGUUGUUCAAAAUCAAUUCCACUCGUACCCGAGCCCAAAACCUCAAAUUUUAGGCACGGGUCCGCGUUUUUCAGCCUACACGGCCUCACCCGUAGGAAAAAAAUCGAAAAUGUGGGACGUCUUAAAGCUUGGACUAGUUCGUACCCCGGAGAUUGAGCUACAAGAUCUCAAGCUACGUCACCACCGUACAAACAAUUUUGGUAAGACAUUCACAAUUCCUCGUAAUAACAGUACGGGUAGCAGUAGCAGUAACAGUAGCAAUAAAGCCGGCAACAAUAACAACGAUCGUCCUCGUAAAUCCUGCGAAUUCGUGUCGGAGAUGCAGAGGAGGAAGAAUCAAUUACAUGAAAUCAAUAACGGUGGAUUUUUUAAGAGUUGCAAAUGCACAAUUGGGGUAAUAGAACCAAUUCCCACCACACCAAAGUAUAAUACCGUUGUUAAGAGUGGUUAUUUUGGAAGUAACAAGUUUGGAAAAGGCCAAGUUUUAAAUGAAGACAAGAAUUCAGAACAAAAGAAACAUCAGCUGCUACAACAACAGCAACAGCAACGUCAACAACAGCAGCAACAACAGAGAAGAAACAACCAAAUCCGACAAGGAAAGAAAGUCAUGUCACAUCAUCAUCAUCAUCAUGAACAUCGUACAUUUGAAUGGCUAAAGAAUCUUUCCCAUGCAAGCAUCCUUAAUAAUAAUAAUAAUUCUUAAAUUUUAGGAAAACUCUAAUUCAAGAAAUUUAGAUUCUUCCACGAGGUUUAUUUACGCAUGCUAUUUUUUAAAAAAUUUAAUUCUUUUACCAUGUUUUUAUAUUUUAUUUUGUAACCAGGAGAUCGAUGUACAAUGGAGUUUAACUUUUUUAAUAACAGUAAUUUCUUUUA